GUUAGUUUGCGUUCGUCGCUUGUUUUGGACGGAAGUGUUUUUCGGUGGUGCGCGCGUAUUUGCUACGAAAAUAUCUCAAACAUUAUCUUGUACGUGCGAUAAGCGUGUUAUCGUGCUGAUUCACACAGCUCGGUAAUUAGUGAUAAAGUGAUGCGUGUCCUGGAAGCUAUCCACGGUGGAAUCUAUACAUCUUGUUUAGCAGUGAACACACAGCAUUGCUGUAACCGUGCUCAACUGGGAUUGAUGUGAGUGGAAGUAUUUCUUAAACAAAAAAAAACUCCCUAGUGUUACUUUUUGCAAAGUGGUGGAUAUAAUAUAUAGUUUUUGGUGUUCAUUUUGAUUUGGAUAGUCUAGAACAGGCGUGUAAAAUUUCCAAAUUUUAAUAAAAACGAGAAGUUACGGAUGUCCUUAAAAGCAGAAAGUUUGAAGUGAGCCUGAAGUACAGCAAAUGUUUAAUGCAAAGUGAAACAUUGUUAGUGUGUGAUACAACAAGAAGAAAAGUAUUUAACCAAGCGUGAAAGUAUACUAAAAAGUGAUGAUUUAGAAAAACACGAUACGUUUUUGCGCUCUGGUCUAGAAGUCCUGCGUAAGUGGCCUCAGUGUACCAAGUAAUUACUGCUAAUAUUGUGCUGCUAAUACGUGAGUGCAUGCCUCGUUAAGUUCCAACAACCUUGAGGAAAGUGGAGCCUAGCCUUCGGCAGACAACAGGCAGACAUUCCCCGUGUGACUGCGUGUCAAUAAGAACUAAGUGAGGUGUAGUGCCAUCGACAGCGACGACAACAACGACGGCAAAGUUCCGGCUAGGAUCAUGUUUCACACGUCUGCCGCAUACUCCGACAUGACGGCAGCUGUGGUGGCAACUGGCAACACGGGCUCCUACCAUCAGUCGGCCGCAGCAGCCGCGGCCGCCGCCGCCAACGCACCCGUUUAUGUGCCGUCGAGCCGCGCCCUGCCCCACUCCCAGUACGGUGCACAUUCGGCCAACUUUUCCACACAAAAUGGCUGGCCGGCGGACGGAUUUGGCACGACGCACACGCAGCUUCCACCCCAGUUCUAUGCGCAGAACGUGAUGAUGGGUUCCUGGCGCGCCUACGAUCCGACCGGCUUCCAGCGCACCUCGCCAUAUGACAGCGCAAUGGAUUUCCAAUUCGGCGAGGGAAGAGAAUGUGUGAAUUGUGGGGCCAUUUCAACACCGCUCUGGCGUCGGGACGGCACCGGCCACUAUCUCUGCAAUGCAUGCGGGCUCUAUCACAAGAUGAACGGUAUGAACCGUCCGUUGAUAAAGCCCAGCAAGAGACUGGUGAGUCAGACCGCCACGCGACGAUUGGGACUGUGCUGCACAAACUGUGGAACGCGUACGACGACCCUCUGGCGGCGUAAUAACGACGGUGAGCCGGUGUGUAACGCCUGCGGGCUGUACUUCAAACUGCACGGUGUCAACAGGCCGCUGGCAAUGCGCAAGGAUGGCAUCCAGACGCGUAAGCGUAAACCGAAGAAAACGGGUGGUUCCGGUUCGUCGGACGUGAUGGCGUUGGUCGGUGGCAAAAAGGAUGACGGAAUCGGGGACGGACUACUGCAAACCGAUCGGAAUGGCAACUCGAAGAAUCUCACCGGAAGUCCAAAGUCUCAGAACCUUUCAUCUCCGGCAAUCCGUUCCCUGCACAUUUCGCCUCACCACGGCCAAUCGUACAAUCUGCCAUCGUCGCUCGGAUCCGCGCAUCACGGUGGAGGUGGAUCGCUAGGAUCACUGGUUGGGAAGUACGAUCUGUCGGCCCUAUCGCCACCCGGCUCGCUUGGAGGAGUAGUGCCGGGAAGUAUCUCGAGCGUAGUAUCUUCCUCCCACCAACAGCACACCGGACUCAACUCGUCGCACAUCUACACGACACCGAGCUCGAACUCGCUCGCCACCCAGCACAGCCACUCGCCCGUUAAUGGGUACAACCAUACGGCCGGAGGUUCGUCCCUCGGUGGCAACAAUGGCAGUGGCGGUGGUUCCAAUGCUUCCGGUUCAUCGAAUCUCGGUGGGCUCAGCAACACUCCCACGGGCAACAGUCCAUUCGGGCAGAUUAAAUCGGAAUCGAAUCCGCUCGGUGCGUCCACCACACCGACAUCGUCCGUACCGACCAGCAAUGGGUACGGUGACUACAUGAACAAUUGCCUGCAGAGCGGAUACUUUGGUGGUGGUUUCAGUUCGGUGCACUCGCAUCACAGUCCGCACCACGUGUCGCCCGGUGUGGGAGGCACGGUCAAUGGAGCGUCACUGUCCCAUUCGCAUCACGCACACCCGCAUCACCAUCACCACCAUCACCAUCAUCAUCCGACGGCGGCAGAUCUGGCCGGGUACCAUCAUCAGCAUAACGUCAUUCAGGCGGCAAAGUUGAUGGCAUCUUCUUAAGAACUGUAGGAAGCGUGCCGGUAGCAUGUAAGCAGUAUGACAGUACUUAUGCGUUUUGUGCAAGAAAUUCCAUUUUGAAGUUCCUCGCUUGUCGCUUACCCCGUUAGUACGAUAAGUUACAUGCAGGUGAUCAUCUGGGUUGGAAAUAACGAUCCACCGUUGGCAAGGAAAACUUGUUUCUGUUUCACACAUAAUUAUGAUCGUUUAGGGUCCGAAGAUUCCAAGUGAUCGUUAAAGCCGAUGGUGUCCAGGGAAAGAAAGGACAAUCGUACCAGUAGCAGGCAAAGGUAUCCUUCAAGCUGUGAGCAAGAGAGCACAAGUGAGCAGGAAACAGCAUCUUCGGAAGUAUUUUAUCUGUAUUAGUAUAUGUAAUCGAUAGCGGAAGGUUAAACACACGCCUGUUUUACAGCAAAAGUACCGAGUAAAUGGAUUUGUAAAUAUUAUAAACAAACAAAAAGUAAGCAUUUAUAUAUUUACAAACUUUAAGAAGAGCAAGUGCUAGGACGUCCUCCUCCGCGUUGCCCUGGGGAGUCAUCGAAACGGAGCGAAAUUUAACGUGAAAUAAACACAGCUAGAAAAAAGUCACUGUUUACAUUGCAUUCCCGCAACUAGAGAGCACUGCGAUUAGGCUUAAACAAAAACAAACAAACGAACGAGACAAAACCCUCUAGCUAGUAACAGAUCAGAACUUGAACUUAAGCAUCUCAUCCUUAAGCCUUAGCGAUUAUCCUGUUUUCCUAAGUAAAGCUGAGCGGGCCAAUGAAGCGCCGUUUAGCUUCGUUCGUGUUGCAAUAAACUGUAGUUAGAGCGUUAGUGAUACGAGGUAGGCCACAGGUUACAGUAGAAUCGUAUUUAAUAAUGAACUGUAUUACGAACGCGCAACGGGAGGUAUUUGAAUAAAGGACAGAAGUAUUGAAAAAUAAAGCACUAUUAAAGAAG